AACUUUCAGAUGUCCAUCUCAACGUCACCACCGCUUUUCUUAAUUAUCCACUUUCAUAAAUGCCACGCUGUACAACAACCAAACCUUUUUUUACAGACACCGAAUGUUAUGUUGUGUUAAUAGAACUAACAAACGUCCAAACACCAACCCACUGCGUUGCUUAUAUAUACCCCCACAGGGAAUUCACGUACAAACGUCAAUUACACAACUUUAGAGUUCCAACUCAAACAGACGGGGAAAAAUUAAAUUAUGACUUCUUGGCUGAGAGGCAGGUGCGUCGGGAAGGGCGCGUUUGGAGUUGUCAACGCGGCGGUUUCCAGAGCUGAUGGUCGGGUAUUCGCGGUGAAGUCCGUGGACCGUGGAUUGGGGCACCCUCGUCGGCUGGAGGCGUUGGAGAACGAGAUUGAGAUUUUGAAACGCGUGGCGUCGCCACACGUGGUCGCUUAUCUCGGCGACGACGUCACGUUCGAGCACGGCGGAACGGCGUCGUUCAGGAACCUUCAUCUUGAGUACAUGCCAGGUGGCACCGUCGCUGAUCUGGACCGCGCUGACGUGGACGAGAGUUUGGUGAGGCGCUACGCGUGGUGCCUAGUGAGCGCACUGCGUGACGUCCACGCGCGCGGCUUCGUUCACUGCGACGUCAAGGGGAGGAACGUGCUCCUCUCCGGCAACCGUGCGGCCGCGAAACUCGCCGACUUCGGCUCGGCAGUGGAAGUCGAAGUCCCGCAGGAUUUUUUGCCCCGCGGGAGUCCGAUGUGGAUGGCGCCGGAGGUGGUGCGCCGGGAGCGGCAGGGGCCGGAGUCAGAUGUGUGGUCGCUGGGUUGCACGGUGAUCGAGAUUGUCAACGGGAAACCGCCGUGGGAGGAUCACGGUGUGGACACGCUGAGUCGAAUCGGUUACUCGGACGAAUUGCCGGAGUUUCCAAGCAAACUGUCAGAGCUAGGGAAGGAUUUUCUAGAGAAGUGUCUGAGAAGAGAAUGGAGAGAGCGGUGGAGCUGCGAUCAGCUGCUGCAGCAUCCAUUUUUGCUUCCCUACGCCGUAGUUGAAUCGUCGCCUCGUUGCGUUCUGGACUGGGUUGACUCGGAGUUCGCGGAGUCAGAACAUAACGACCUUGAAGAAGAAGGAGGGUGGUUAGAAUUUAACCGUAAUGAAAAUUCAGUUAAAAGUAGAAUUCGUAAAUUAGCAACAGAAUCGAGGGUAAAUUGGGAAACACAGGGUUGGGAAGCGGUGAGGGAAGUUGAGCUGAAGGAAGAAUCAUGGUCAUCGAGAACAACAGGUGAAACCGAAGAAGGGGUUAAUUGGGAAUUUAGCAAUGUGGUGGGAGUAGGGAGUUGUGGGGAAUGUUGGAACUGUGAAGGGGUAAAUCGGGAAAUAGAAGAGUUUGGUGAGGAGUGUAAGAGAGGUGGAGGUUGGGAAAGGGGAAUUUUGAUAAUUUACAGUUGUAAAACUUUGAUACGAUGUUAUUUGUUGUUGUUAAUAUAUUUAAAUACAUUAUGGUUUUGGAUCAUUUAUGGUGUUUACCUGUGUUUAUUGGAAAAGUGUGUAAUGCAAUUGAGAGAGAGAAGAAAUUGGGUGGAAUGUAUAAGAAAUUGAUUAGGUUGGGUGGUGUGAACUGUGAAGAGGGGAAUGAUGGUCACAGUUGGACACAUAUGAUGGAAAUGAUAUGGGAGAUCU